ACUUCUGAAUGAGCUGAUCUAAAUGCAUAGUGGAUGUAAGCAUAUAAGUGCUAUUUAGUUAUUUAUAGUUAUUUAUAGAUUCAUCGCUUGUUUGACCCUUGCGCCAGGGGUAUGUUUUUAAUCGCUAUUAAAACUUUACAGAAGCAAUAAACAUCGUUAGUUCGACGGUGGAAGUCAACACUGAGCAGAAAAGCAGGUCGUUUGUGUGCGUGGAAGUGAACCCUGUACCAGUGGUAUGUUUUCAAUCGCUAUUAAAACUUUACAGAACCAAUAAACAUCGUUAGUUCGACAAUGGAGGUCAACACCGAGCAGAAAAGCAGGAUAACAGGAGCGAAGGUGAAGGUCGCAGUGGUGGGCGCGGGCGUGGUGGGCUUCUCCACGGCCGUGCGCGUGGCCGAGGCUCUCCCCCGCUGCUCCGUCACCCUGCUGGCCGACAAGUUCAGCCCGGACACCACCAGCGACGGGGCCGCCGGGAUCCUGUUUGCGGGACAGUUUCCAGAUAUUCCUUUGGAACGCCAAAGACGCUGGUUCCAGGACAGUUUUGACCACCUCCUGGCUAUCGCUAAGUCCCAACACGCACCCGAGGCCGGAGUCUUGCUCAGCUCUGGCUGUCAAAUCUUCAAGGAGCCCCCGGCCGACAAGAGGCCCUACUGGUGGGAUACGGUGUUUGGCUUUCGCUUCCUGAGCGAACGCGAGCUGCGUCACUUCCCCGAGCACACGUUUGGCCAGGCCUUCACCACCAUCAAGUGUGAAUGCUCCAGCUACCUGCCCUGGCUGCGCAACAGAUUCACAAAAGCCGGCGGUAAAGUGGCGCAGAGGAAAGUGUCCAGUUUUGAGGAGUUGAGCCCGGACUACGACGUCAUCGUCAACUGCUCAGGCCUGGGAUCCAAGGAGCUGGCGAGAGACGACGGGGUGUACCCGGUCCGGGGCCAGGUCCUGAAGGUGGACGCCCCCUGGCUGCAGCACUUCAUCCGCGACGGGGACGGGAAGACGUACAUUUAUCCCGGCUCCCGCUAUGUCACUCUGGGCGGCACCCGGCAAGACGGAGAUUGGCGCCUUGAGGCGGACCCCGGUGAUACGGAGAACAUCCUGGAGCGCUGCUUCCGGCUGGAGCCGUCCCUGCGUCGGGGGAGAGUUCUGGGGGAGUGGGUCGGGCUGAGGCCCGGCAGGAGGAACCCCAGAGUGGAGAGUGAGGCGACCCGAUUGGGCGGCGGCCACGGGGCGCAUGUGGUGCACAACUAUGGCCACGGAGGCUGGGGCGUCUCCCUAGCCUGGGGGACGGCGGUGGACGCCGCCAGGCUGGUGAGGCGGUGCCUUCAGGAAACGCAUCCGCAUGCUAAACUGUGAUCUUCUACUGCCUUUAAACGCAUCAUCACUGACUAACCAACUAAAUCAGAAUUGUGUAUUAUUUUUCACUUUAUAAGCAAAUUUCUCUCUGGGAAGUCACAAAAACCUAUAUAUAUAUAUAUAUAUAUAUAUAUAUAUAUAUGUAUAUAUAGUUUAGUUUCCCUAGUUUCCCUAUG